ACACACAAAAUAAAAACAAGAUCGACGUAAACAAAUGUUGAUACAAAAAACUAACAUCGAAAUUCUGUAUGUGUGUGUAGUCGAAUCACGAUCUAUGUUGGAAGGAUUGUUUAUGUUGCCUAAUUUUAUACCGAUUGCCUCCCGUGAUGAACGGGGUUCAUCAAAAAGUUGUCUUCACGAAUAUCAGUUUCUUAACAAAUAACAGGGGAAGAAAAUCGUUCAGAUGCGCGUCGAAGACCGGGUGCAGAGUUAAUUAGUACGAUAGAACGAUCGCUUUGACUGUAUGCUGAACUUCGCUGAUCGUUGAUUAUGAUUUCUAUAUCUGGUCACUAAGCUAAGAAAGUUCACAGUUUGUGUUCUUUGCCAUUGUAUGAGCUGCGUUGUCUGUCGGUUUCUUCCAUGGACGUGUAUGGAUAUUCGUGGUUUCUUCUAAGGUAUUUAUAAUUGAAGCCAGAGGUUGGGUGUUUACUGAUCGACUUCUUGGAGUUAGUCUUUCAGUUGAUAUUCCAAGAGGUAACCGUUUCCUUUUAUAGUUUGCUUGUUUCCUGCAUAUGGAUUAUCUUGCUCAGUUUAACUACGGUUCAGAGUUUCAAGUUACAGGAUUUUAUCAUAGGAUUGGCGCAGAAAAUGAGUCAUCAGUAACAGGAAUUCACAACCGUGUCUUUCGCAAAUAUUUUUGUUCAUGUAGCUUAAGAUUUCUGAUAUGAUCCACUGCAGAGACUGAGUCAAAAGUUCUGAUGGUAAUGAUGUCUUUCUUAAAAUCACUUUUCUCUGUAAGCAAUGAUGCUGGACAGUUUGGAUCAGAUCAGGAAGUUGUAGAAGGGGGAAAACCAUAUAAAGCUGCAGCUGAUGGUGUUUUUGAUGUGGGUGCUCUGCCUGCUGAGUUACUUCUCUACAUUCUGUCAUGGGUACCUGCAGUGGAUCUCGUGAAGAUUUGUAGUCAAGUAUGCAAACAAUGGUGUGAAAUCUCUAGAAGUACCAGCCUGUGGAAGAUAAAAUGUUUGAGAGAGAGAAAAUACAUACCACAUCUCAUGGGACCACCUCCUGAAGACUUUAUGAAGUUCUACUUCCUCUCUCCUUACACUCGGAAUCUCCUGCACAAUGACCGGGCUUUAGAAGAGUUUAAAUACUGGAGAAGGACAGAUAGAAAUCACCUAAUAGUUGAAGAUUCACCAGAAGGUUCCAAACCCAUCCAGAAUUACAUACAGAUAAAUGGUCCUGUGAAGAACUGGGUUACAUCAUAUGUGAAAAGCUCAAUAGAACAAGUAGUCAGUCUGUUGGAAGAAGGAUGUUUAAGAGAACUCUUAGAUGAUGUGAAGCCAGAUAUCUAUAUUUCAGUCUGGUGUGCUGCUCGCUGGGACUGUGGAAGCAUUUUUUUCUUCACUGCACAGCUGCUGAAUGAUGAGAAAAAUGUUCUAGCUGAAUUCUCUGAGGAAAAGAAUCUCAGCACCUUACGUGAAGACUGGCACAAGGUGGAACACACAUUCAAAGAUUACCCACCAGGUAUUCGCUACGUAAGGGUAAAUAUGGCAGGUGUGGACACACAGUUCUGGGCUGGACAUUAUGGGUCAAAGUUUACUCUUCCAUGUGUGAAAUUUGUCUUCCAGAAAAAUUAGAGCGAUUGAAGAGCAAGAAAAGUGUGACACAAACAGCACAAGAAAGCUAAAGAAUGUGUUUACCCAAUAGCAGGAGAGCACAAGGAAUGCUAAGGACAGCUUUCUGUUAAGCGGUGACAUCAUUUUGGACGGGAGGGGGUCGGGGAACAAAGACUACUGGCUUGGAUGUACAGACUGUAUAGGUUGUAUUGGUAUAGGCUGCACAACAGCCCUAGUGAACAUCUUUGUUCUGUCAUGCAUACCCACUUUUACGCAUUUGCACCCUUACUACAGCCUUCAUAUUCUACUUUGUCUUCGCUUGUAGUAAUAUACUUCCAUAAACAGUUCCAUUCCAUAAUGGUAGUCACUUGAGGAGAAUAGAUGGAUUGCCUUAUUAAAGAGAAAAGAGCCAUUGGCUCAGCAGGCUGAGUCUUGACUUGAAGCAAAAGCAGGAUAUCUAUCUGCUUCGAAGUUCUUGUCUGAAAGAUGAAUGAACAUAACAUUUUCUUUCAACAGCGAAUCUGCAGCGAUUAUCGACAAAACAUAUUAGGUAGCAUGCAAUUAAAGUAAAAGCAUAGUCUAAUUAUAUUUUUUCGGUUCAAGGUCUAAGAAUGAUUAAUAUGCUCUCAAGACUUUAUCCACCAAAAAUAAUUUCUUGAAUGAGACUAAAGAAGUUAUAAAGAGGUCAGUUGAAGGCACAGCUGUUGCUUCUUCUGUGAGAUGCUGGCUGAUAGCAAUAUAUUUGAUGACAAAAGACUGCAUAAUUCUGGGAUUUGAAUUAAAUUUAAGUAAACGUACUCAGCAAUUGUUCAACGUUCAUGAUGUAUGUGAUAUAUUGUCUAGUGAUAACAGUUUGGAUGGGGUGACAUUUUUUUGGCCUUAUAUCUCAGUAAAGCUCAGUGCCUGCUAUUAUUUUCCUGGUAAAUACACCCUAAAACCCCUCAUUUCCAAGAUGCACAGAGAUGUGGUGGUUUCAGCGAUGUGUUAAUUAGGUGCAUCUGUGUAGUGACGAGUUUGACCUUUUUCAGUGCAUGGUGAUUUUUGUUGACAUGUAUGUUGAGAAAAAAUGAUUAUGUGCCCAAAUUUUGAGAAAUAGCAUCUUGCACUGGGGUUCAUCCAAUCAUUAGUGAAAGACCAUUGCUAAUAUAUUACUGUAUGAAUUAAUGCUAUUUUGUGAUAUUCAUAUACAUAUGAUGUUAGACAUGUUCAUUACUAAACUACUUAUUAAUACAAUAUUUUCUGAGAAA